AUGGCACCACAUCCUAAUAACAAUGGGACUACUUCCCCCCAGCAACAUCGCGUUGGAGAACAUUGGAGCGGGGCCAACCCCGUUCCAACCAUCUCUAAGUUCAUGGAGCGCCUCGACCGUGAAAAAAAGGAACAGAAGGAAUAUGAGGAGGCACAGACUGCCAGAGAACGGCAGGCCGAAGGUGGCGCUAAUCCCCAUCAACCGCGCAAGAAGGCCAAGGGCAAGACUCGCAGAGUGACAGACCCAGUUACCGGCAAAGAAAUGGAGGUAGAGGACCAGGACGAAAACUCAAUGGACGCCGUGAAAGAUUCCAAGCUGGUUGUCCCCAAUGCCAACCUGGGAAAGCCAACAGAAAUCAAAACCGAUGCAUGUCAGAACCUGUCCGAAUACAAAGAGAAUCAGGAUGUGACCGCACCACCUGAUCCCAUCGCUGAAGGCACCACGUCCGACGUGCCGAUCCACGGUGAGAAGACAAAUGUUCUUUUUCACCCCACACCGACGAUUUCCUACAAGCCUAUGUUUGAUCAGUUGGAAAAGCGCGCGACCGGAGUCUGUUUGGGUCUUUUUCUUGGUGUACUCUUCCUUGGUCGUCUUUUUGGUGGCUCGCUAUGGGCUCUCAUACCCUUGGCCUGUUGCACUACAAGUGGGAUCUGGUUGUGGAUGAAAGAGGUUAUCCGGAGUGGUCGUGAAAUGGAAUGGAGCAGUGAGCAGCUACGAGGGCAAACAGUAAGGUUCUCCGCUCUGGAUGUGUUUAAGGAUCCUUUACUAAAUCAAGGCAACCAGGCUACGGCCAACUUGUUACCGGAAUCUGUCGAAUGGAUGAAUACUUUCCUUGGCGUCGUCUGGGGCCUGAUGAACCCCGAUAUGUUGGCGCCCAUUGCCGAUACUAUCGAGGACAUCAUGCAAGCUUCUGCGCCAGGUGUCGUGGAGAACGUUCGCAUCGCUGAAAUCGACCAAGGAAACAACCCUAUACGUAUUCUGAGCAUGCGGGCUCUUCCAGACGAGCACGUGCAGCAACUGAAAGAUAACAUCCGCGAAGAGAACAAGAAAAAUAAGGAUCCUCAGGAGGCAGCAGCUGCGGAAGAGGGUGGCAGCUACUACAAUCUCGAAGCUUCUUUUGCAUACCACGCAAAGCCGAGUGGCCAAAGUGCUUCCUCCAAAGCACGUAACAUGCAUAUGCAGAUUAUGUUCUUCCUGGGAAUUCAGGGUCUAUUCGGAGUGCCUUUCCCGGUGUUCGUGGAAUUGAUUGAGAUGGUUGGAACUGUACGUUUGAGACUUCAGAUGAUGCCAGAAGCCCCUUUUAUGAAGGAGGUAACCUACAGUCUUGUUGGCAUUCCGCAUAUCAGAGCUGGGUGCAUGCCGAUGGUGAGACGUGGUGUCAAUGUUCUCAAUCUACCGCUGAUCUCCAAGUUUGUCAACUAUGCCAUAGGCACUGCCUGCAGCCUUUUCGCAGCACCCAAAUCAAUGACCAUGGAUCUGGGCAUGAUCCUCAAGGGUGACGAUAUCAUCAAGGAAACCCAGGCUAUCGGUGUGAUGUGGGUUCGGAUCCACCGUGCCAUUGGACUGAGCAAGCAGGAUAAGCGUGGCAGCCAUGGUGGCGGAAGUGAUCCUUAUAUCAACCUUUCCUUCUCCAAAUACGGCAAACCUAUGUACUGCACCCGAGUGAUUACGGAUGAUCUGAAUCCGAUCUGGGAAGAGACUGCAGCUUUACUUGUCACCCCGGAACUGAUCAAGGUGGAUGAGAACCUCAGCGUUGAACUGUGGGACUCGGAUCGUAACACGGCCGAUGACAUUGUCGGCAAAGUGGAACUGCCCAUCCGGGAGAUGCUGUCGCACCCGGGCCGCAUGUAUCCCCAAGUCUCGAAGCUCCAGGGUCUGAACGAGGGUAGCGAGAUGCCCGGUGAGCUGCAUUGGGAAGUUGGGUUCUUCGGAAAGCCGAAGUUAAGGCCGGAACUGAGAACGGAUGGCAAGAGGAAAGACCUUCCGGAGAAUCUCCAAAACAUCCCCGAGUUCCAGGACGAGAAGGGCACUGUCAUUACCGAAGAAGAAGAUGCGGUCACGCACACACCACCCGAUCCAUUGUGGCCUAGCGGUGUCCUGAGCAUCGUGAUUCAUCAAAUCGUGCACCUGCAACUUGCCAAUAUCAAAGGUAGUAACGGUAAUCGAAAGGGAAGGGAGUACGAGCCGGCAAAGAAUUACGGCGAAAGCACUGAGGAGGAAGGCAAAGACUUGCCCACCAGCUAUUGCAAGAUUACGCUCAAUGAUGAGCUGGUAUACCGGACUCGAGCCAAAGCACUUAGCUCCAAGCCCAUAUUCAACGCUGGUACUGAGCGAUUCGUCCGCGACUGGCGCUCAGCAAUGGUCACCGUGACCGUCAGGGACCAACGAUAUCGGGAGCACGACCCAAUCCUGGGUGUGGUGCAACUGAAGCUCGCCGACCUCUUCCAGAAGACAUCCCAAGUCACCAGAUGGUACCCUCUCGAUGGCGGUGUUGGCUUCGGACGGAUUCGUAUCUCGCUGCUCUUCCGGCACGUCGAAACGAAGCUGCCCCCGAACAUGCUCGGAUGGGAUGUGGGCACGUUCCAAUUUGUGUCGGACAAGCUUACGCUGCAAGGUUUCAACCAUCGGGCCAAGAUUAAACUGCGCACCGGUGGAAGCAGUGGAAAGAUCCCGCGUGGCUACUGUCAUAUCGAGGGGAACAACUCUUACUACGACCUGACUAACGAAGACUUCCGCCGGAGCAUCCGACUUCCGGUGAAGCAUCGCUAUCGGUCCCCCGUCGUAUUCGAGCUGCACACGCAGGGCAAACAUGGAGCCGCGGGUUACGCAAUUCUCUGGCUCCAACACCUCGUGGAUAACGAAGAGACCGAGAUUGAUCUACCAAUCUGGUCGACGAAGAACGGAAGCCGGCUCACCCAGAACUACAUCACCGAGGAAAACUGGAAAGCGAAGGAAACACCUGGCUUAGAAGACCUCCAACAAAUCGGUCGUCUGCAGCUUCGGGGUGUCUUCACCCCCGGUAUCGAUGACUCCCACGAGCAAUACGUGGUAGACAGCAAUUCACGCGAGACCUUUGAAACGUGGGAAGCCUGCAUGGCCGAAGGCGUGCGGCCUCACAGAAUCACCGCCGAGAUCCCCGAGGACGUCGAGAAACUCCACGAGCAAUCCCUAAGAGCCGGCCGCGACGUUUUGAAACAAAGUCACCCCAGAGAGCGCAGGCGCUGGAUCGACAAGCAGGGAACCGACUGGAGCGGUGCGUUUGGCGACGACCCGGCCGCCUAUCUCGACUCCAAGGGCCGCAAGAUCGCGGAGCCCGGUCGCGACCAGCCCCCGCAUGACCCAGUCAACCCACCGCCCAAGGAAGUCGAGCCCACCGGGGCCGCACACCCCAGCGAAAGCGAGGAGGGGGACUCAUCGGAGUCGUCAUCGGACGAGGACGACCGACCAGAGGAGCAGCAGCAGCAGCAGCAGCAGCAGCAGCAGCAGCAGCAACCUGAAACCAUCACGGACACAACAUCGGGGACGCACAGCGAAGCCGGCAUCACCCCGUCAAAGCGGGCAGCCAAGCGCAGCGAACAGCGCCAGCAGCGCGGCCUGAUGCAGUGGAAGCCGGCGCGCAAUGCGGUGUUCGCGCGGGACGAAGCCAAGUAUGCACUGCGCAAAGUGAAGCACAAGUUUACAGGCAAUCUGAGCGGACGAGAGCCGGACAUUGAGACCGAGACGGGGCAGUAG